AUGUCGAGAUCCGCUCUUGCGUUCCUGUCGUUGCUGGCAGCGGCGAAAGCCCAGCAGGUGGGGACUCAGCAGACUGAGACUCACCCAAAGCUCACCUGGUCCAAAUGCACGGGCUCGGGUGGAAGUUGCACUUCACAAAAUGCUGAAGUUGUCAUCGACUCCAACUGGCGCUGGCUCCACUCCACGAGCGGAACCGACAACUGCUAUGAUGGCAACAAGUGGACAUCUGUCUGCAGCAAAGCCGAUGACUGUGCCCAGAAGUGUGCCCUCGAGGGCGCCAAGUACACCGAAACCUACGGGGCUUCGACCAGCGGCAACGCGCUGACCCUCAAAUUCGUGACCAAGCAUGAGUACGGAACUAACAUCGGGUCGCGGUUCUACCUCAUGGCCGGGACGAGCUCCUCCAAGUAUCAGAUGUUCACACUGAUGAACAACGAGUUCGCCUUCGACGUCGACCUGUCCACCGUUGAGUGCGGCCUCAAUGCUGCGCUUUACUUCGUGGCAAUGGACGAAGAUGGUGGCAUGUCCAAGCAAACCAACAACAAGGCUGGCGCCAAGUACGGUGUCGGCUAUUGUGACGCCCAAUGCGCUCGCGACUUGAAGUUCGUUGGCGGCAAGGCGAACGUGGAGGGCUGGGCUGCCUCAACAAAUGAUGCCAACGCAGGCGUGGGACCCCUGGGCGGCUGCUGCGCCGAAAUUGACGUGUGGGAGAGCAACUCUCACUCGUUCGCACUGACGCCUCACCCAUGCACCGAAAACACAUACCACGUCUGCGAGAAAGACGCGUGCGGUGGCACCUACUCUGAGGAUCGCUUUGCUGGCAAAUGCGACGCCAACGGCUGCGACUACAACCCCUACAGGAUGGGAGCCAAAGACUUCUAUGGCAAGGGAAAGACGGUGGACACCAGCAAGAAGUUCACUGUCGUGACUCGCUUCGAAUCGAAUAAGAUGUCCCAGUUUUUCGUCCAAGACGGCAAAACUAUCCAGAUCCCAGGCCCAGCCGACACCAGCAUCUCUUCGAGCAGCAACAUCACCCCCGAGUUCUGCACAAACCAGUUCAAGGCCUUCGGUGACCGCGACCGCUUUUCCGAGGUCGGCGGGUUCGAUCAGCUCAACGCGGCUCUGCAGAAGCCUAUGGUACUGGUUAUGUCCAUCUGGGACGAUCACUACGCCAACAUGCUCUGGCUGGACUCCAGCUACCCACCCGAGAAGGCUGGGCAGCCUGGCGGCGACCGUGGCGACUGCCCUCAGUCCUCCGGCGUCCCAUCUGAUGUGGAAUCUCAAUACGGUAGCGCUCAGGUGGUCUGGUCCAACAUUCGCUUUGGGCCUGUCGGAUCGACGGUCAAGGCUUGA